AUGAACCCUCCGGAGUUCUAUGGCUCCAAGGUGGAAGAGGAUCCAAAUGGGUUUAUAGAAGAGGUGUACAAGAUACUUGCCAUUAUAGGAGUGACUUCGAGAGAUAAAGCAGAGCUAGCCGCUUACCAAUUGAAGGAUGUUGCUCAAAUGAGGUAUGAGCAAUGGAAAGAUGUUGGACCGGUAGAAGCGGGCCCAAUAGAAUGGGAAGCAUUUAAUUCGGCCUUUUUUGAUAGGUUCUUUCCUCGGGAGUUGAGGGAGGCUAAGAUGGAAGAGUUCAUAAAUCUUAAGCAAGGUAACAUGAAUGUUAAUAAGUAUGCCUUGAAAUUCACUCUUUUGUCUAAGUAUGCUCCAUCUUUGGCAGCACAUCCAAGGUUUGACCAAGAUAAAGGUAGUGGGUCUCCAUUGCCUAUGACUACUUGCUCCAAGUGUGGGAGAAGUCAUUAUGGUAAGUGCCUAGCUAGCAUGGAUGGUAGCUAUAGGUUUGUGAAGAGUGGGCACAAAAUGAGAGAUUGUCUGGUUCUAAAGACAAAAGGAAGAGAGGGAAAUAAAGUUGACUCUAGUGGUGUUGAUGAGGAGCCCCAAGAAAAGAAUAGGUUUUAUAACCUCCAAGCUAGGGAUGAUCAAUAG